AUGACACUUCUUCGUCACUCUCUGUUUCUUCCCUAUGAGUGCCAAGGCACAUACCAUUAUGGUGUCCUAUGCGCAAAAUCCACGCGGCUGGGAUAUUUCUAUGCCAACGUUUCCACAACCUCCCUUUGUCCAAACUGCACAGAUAACGCUGAGCCACAGGCCUGUGCGUCAGGUAAAGCUGUUUCCAUCUCUGUAGUUGCUACCCUUUUGACAAACUGGCUGUGUGAAAGAAGUCGACACCAAAUUCCACUCAAGUCUGUUUUCCAAUUAUACUGGCGGGGAUUGCCAUAGCGGCAAAUCGUGUCGCACUCCAACGAAGCUAUCUGCGUGAAUCUGUUGCAACUAAGAUACGUGCAUUCCUCCUUCCAGCUCUGUUGGCAAAAUGCGUUUGUCUGUGCUCCAGAAGAUCUACAGAAAAAGAGAGAACUGCAGAAG